AUGGCACAGCAGGACCUCUACGAGUUGCUGGGCAUCCAAAGAGAUGCCCUGGAGCAGGAAAUACGGUCAUCGUAUCGAAGACGUGCUCUCCAGGUCCACCCAGACAAGGGUGGCAGCGAGGAUCUCUUUCACGCGGUCCUGACGGCGUUCGAGGUGCUCUCAUCUAGGAGCACCCGCCAGACCUACGAUGCUGCCCGCGAUCGUGGCCUGCUGCCCAAAGAUGCACUGGCAGCCGCCACAGGCCGCGGUCGUUGUCAAGACAUCGCACAAAAGGCCAAGGCCCCGGCCAGCCAUCGUGCACUGGCACAGCUUCGACAGCUUCUGGCGACUCUGACGCGCGAAGCGCGUCGCGAAGCAUUGCAAAAUCUACCGACAGAGGUCCAGCAGGCACUGAUGACUUUCAUGAAGCAGGCAUGGGUGCCCGGUGUGCGUACCGCACGUUGA